CCUCUGCUGCGCCGCCUUCAAUUCAUUCGGAUUGAAAGCACCGGGAGUGAGUCUCUCUCGGCACUAAUCUCGGUAGCUACCGGCUCGCUCGCUCCGCCUUCCGCCAUGGCGACCGCAAAAAGUCCGUGCUCCGGUCCGAGCAGCACCUAAAAGUCACCCGGACCCCCGUGUGAGCGUGUUCUUUCGCCAGCCGCGGGACGUCCGUGCACUUCUCGUCCGCGGGGGUUGAUCCAGAGGUGUGGACUACACAGACGCCCUUUUCCAAGGAGGACAAACGGAAGGCAAGUAACGACCACUAAGGGAAAUGUCCACAUGCAUGCCGGCUGCAGCCCGCUAUCGUAGCACCUUUUAAUGGAUCUGCUGCAUCUGCGACGUCGACAUGCACUGAAAUGUGCAUUUUGGUAACAUGCACAAUCUGACCAGGGUGUGGAAGUGAGCAGUGGAGGCAAACAUGGCAGAUCCAGACCUGGAGCCGGUGAAGUCGAGAGCAGGGCACCGUCUGGGAGCCCCGGAGACUCUUGGCAUCAGUACCUUAGACCCGGCGCACAGACCACCGACCAUGCCCCCUGGAAGGCAUGUCACCGUUAGGGUCCAUAUGUUGGACGACACUGAGGAACUCUUUGAUGUUUCGAUUAAAGCUUCGGGCAAGGUGCUCUUUGACCUAGUGUGCACCCACAUGAAUCUCAUUGAGGGCGACUACUUCGGCCUGGAGUUUCAGAACCAUCAAAAGUUGAUGGUAUGGUUGGAUCCUAUCAAGCCUAUUAUGAAGCAGCUUAGACGGCCGAAGCACACGACAUUGAGGUUUGCUGUGAAAUAUUUUCCUCCAGACCAUGCCCAACUGCUGGAGGAGCUAACGAGGUACCUGUUUGCCCUCCAAAUCAAACAGGAUCUUUCCAGUGGACGUCUGACCUGCAAUGACACCAGCGCCGCCCUGAUGGUCUCCCACAUUAUGCAGUCUGAGAUCGGGGACUUUGAGGAGAGUCAGUGCCGGUCACACCUCCUCAACAAUAACUACAUUCCCGAUCAGAUGCCCUUGAUCGACAAGAUCAUGGAGUUCCACUCCAUGAAUAUAGGUCAAACGCCUGCAGAAUCCGACUUUCAGUUGUUAGAGGUGGCACGCCGACUAGAGAUGUAUGGGAUUCGUCUCCACCCAGCCAAAGACCGCGAAGGGUCUCGUCUGAGCCUCGCUGUGGCUCACACAGGCAUCCUAGUCUUUCAGGGACACACGAAGAUAAACUCCUUCAACUGGUCUAAAGUGCGUAAACUGAGCUUUAAGAGGAAACGUUUCCUAAUAAAGCUGAGGCCUGAUGUAAAUAGUUCUUAUCAAGACACACUGGAGUUCUUGAUGACCAGUAGGGACUGCUGUAAAGUCUUCUGGAAGAUUUGUGUUGAAUACCACGCCUUUUUCCGCCUCUUUGAGGAACCCAAACCCAAGCCCAAGCCUGUGUUAUUCACACGCGGCUCCUCUUUCAGAUUCAGCGGUCGCACGCAGAAGCAAGUCAUCGAUUUUGUGAGGGAGUCAGAGUUUAAAAAGCUCCCAUUUGAAAGGAAACACAGUCGAGUGCAGCAGAACAGCCGCCUGUCACCUUUGCCUUCGCCGCGCUCCCACGAAGUGCCAACAGAAAGUGGUGUUACUGGGGACAGACUAGACUCUGCUUCGCAGCACCAUUGGAAGGAAUCCGUCCUGGUGAAUUCCCAGGAAACCUCCGAAGCCCCAGCGAGCCCUCCUCACCAGAACAACAGAUCGCCAUCCAGACAGGAGGAGACGAGAGACUCGACAUGGGUGGCCCACCCGGAACAUCUGGCAACAGGAGCGCUGACAAACAGUCCCUACCUGUCCACGUCUCCCGGACACUCAAACGGGCUGCUUAACGGCCAGAUGUCCUUGGAGGUGGGAAGUCACAGUCCUGAUGUUCGCCAGCCGUCCCCACUCACCAGCCCUCUCCUCAACGACGCCUGCAGCAUUCGCACUGAUGAUGAAGACGAGGUUCGGAGGAAGAGGUUUCCCACGGACAGAGCCUACUUUAUCGCCAAGGAGCUGCUGACCACAGAGAGGACGUACGUGAAAGACCUGGAGGUGGUGACCGUGUUGUUCCAGAAUGCCGUCGGUCAGGAUGAAGCCACUCCGGACUCUCUCAAGAACACAAUUUUCUCCACCUUUGAGCCACUGCACAGGUUCCACAUAGGUUUUCUCAGGGAAGUGGAGCAGAGGAUGGCUUUGUGGGAAGGGCGCUCCAACGCUCAUAUUAAAGGAGACUACCAGCGCAUUGGGGAUGUUCUGCUGAAGAACCUGCAAGGCCUGAAGCCACUCGCAGCCGACUUGCACAAGCAGUGCGACGUUCUGAUGGAGCUGGAAAAGGCGUGCAAGACGUCCCGCAGGCUGGAGGGUCUCUGCAGGGACUUUGAGCUGCAGAAGGUUUGCUACGUCCCCCUCAAUGUCUUCAUCCUGAGGCCCCUGCACCGGCUGGUGCACUACCAGCGCAUCCUGGAGCGUUUGUGCAAACAUUACCCUGCUACUCAUGUGGACUUCAGGGACUGUAGAACUGCUCUGGCCGAUUUGUCUGAGGUGGUGGAGCAGCUCCAAGGGAGCGUCAUGAAGACGGAGAACUUCCAGAAGCUGUUGGAAUUAAAGAAGGAUUUGAUUGGCGUUGAUAAGCUCGCUGUUCCUGGUCGGGAGUUCAUCAGGUUUGGCUGCCUAAGCAAGCUGUCUGGAAAAGGUCUUCAGCAACGAAUGUUUUUCUUGUUCAACGAUGUUAUUUUGUACAGCAGUCGAGGGAUGACGGCCACCAAUCAGUUCAAAGUUCACGGGCAGCUUCCGCUUCAUGGCAUGACAAUCAGAGAGAGUGAAGAUGAGUGGGGUGUUCCUCACGCCUUCACCUUGGUCAGCCAGCGGCAGUCUGUGGUGGUUGCAGCCAGUUCCUUGUCAGAGAUGGUGAAGUGGAUGGAAGACUUGGAGAAGGCGAUAGAAAUGGCGAAAACCAGCAAUGGGCCUUCGUCUGACCUGCUGAGCUGCAGUCUGACCGACAACAAAUGCCCACGGGAGUUCUCAGCGGAGACAGAGUCUGAGGACGACGUGACAGCGUCCCACACCUCGCCGGAGAGGGCCGCCCCUCACCGUGGUAACACAAUGGUGCACGUGUGCUGGCACAGGAACGCCAGCGUGUCCAUGGUGGAUUUUAGCCUAGCUGUGGAGAACCAGCUGUCAGGGAACCUGCUGCGGAAGUUCAAGAGCAGCAACGGCUGGCAGAAGCUGUGGGUGGUCUUCACCAACUUCAGUCUGUUUUUCUACAAGUCACAUCAGGAUGAUUAUCCUCUGGCCAGCCUUCCCCUGCUGGGUUACUCCGUCACCAUUCCCUCCGAGUCAGAGAACAUCCACAAGGACUACGUCUUUAAACUGCAUUUCAAGUCCCACGUCUACUACUUCCGGUCGGAGAGCAAAUACACAUUCGAAAGGUGGAUGGAGGUGAUUGGCAGUGCCACGGCUUCCUCCAGUCGGCUCCGAAACGGCAAGGAGUCCCACUGAGUCGGCCUCUUUUGAGGUUACACCUGUCGGUGCUUUUUUUUUUUUUUUACUGUUGUCAUGGUGACACGUCCGCUGGUUUCGACUGCAUCACAGACUGCAUUUCUCUUUUCUGCCAUUUUUUACAGCUCAGCUCUUUUUACAGGAUGUCCUUUUCUACCGUUUUUUAGCAUUUAGAGCCACUUCCAGUUCCUAGUUGUCUUUUUUUUGGUUAGUUUUUACAUCAGAACCAUGUGGAUGUUCUCUAUUUGAUGGUCUUUUGUUGUUCUUCUCUUUGUUGCUUUUCACUUUUAGUACCAAACUUAUUCUUAGCAAUAUUCUCCUGGACUUUAUAAUGCAGUUUUUUGUUGUUGUUGUUGAACGUAAACGCCAUAACAUUCAGGCCACCCUUUAAAAGUCACUGGCCUGCCAUGUGUUUUUUUUGUUUUGGACAAAGUAGGAUUCUGUUUUUGGUCAUUUUCAAACGAUCAACGCUGGUGCCAUUCUUAAAAAAUUAUAUUUAAAAUUCUAUGUGGAUUUUGCAUUUUUAAAUUAAGAGAAUGUUCGCAACCGUAGUCAUGUAACAAAACAAAAAAAAAGCUUUAAAAGUAAUGUUUGAAACUAAAUACAAACUUUUUAACUGCAGUUCUGCCCUUCUUUGAGCCACCGUCUGAAAUAGCUCUUUUUGUAGGUGCAAAUGAAAGGAAAUAUGCAUUUGAUAACAUUCAAGUGGAGAUAAAUGCAAUGCAAAAUAUCUGCUCUGCUUGGGGAUGCAUAUAUACGCAAAGGAGAUCUUUGAAAAUGUAUUAAAAAAAAAAAAGAAUCAAACAGCAAAUUGUGGUAUUU